CGAUCAAGAAACAAGCAAGGUUACGCACGCUAAUAGCUUGCUAGCUCUCCACCAACAAUGGCCUCCAGGUCCUCCAUCCUUCUCGCCGCCGCGGUGCUGGCCGUGCUGCUGGCCGUGGGCUCAUGCGGCUCCGCACUCACCUUCAAGACCGGGCCGGGCUGCAGCGCCACCCGCCUGGUCCUCAUCCCUAGCACCGCCAUCUCCGAGGUGGAGGUCAAGGAGAAGGGCGCAAGCGACUUCUCGGAGCUCAAGGAAGGCCCGACUGGCACCUGGACGCUCGACAGCAAGGCGCCGCUCAAGGGCCCCUUCUCCAUCCGCUUCGCUGCCAAGUCCGGUGGCUACCGCGUCGUCGAUGACGCCAUUCCCGCUAGCUUCAAGGCCGGAUCCGUCUACAAGACCAGCCUCCAGGUCUGAGCGACACAUCGGACGCGCGCGUAUGGCAUCGGAUGGAAAUUUAUAUUGACCUCUAAAUAAAAUUUCAAAAGAGAUCGGCCUCACAUGCCAGCGAGACAUUUUUUUCUAUGGUUUGCUGAUUGGCCGCUCUUAGGCUACAGUGUAAGGCAACUAUGGAACUGUUAGUGUCCGUUCGUGCAUGGUGCACGUAUGAUGUAUGCAUGCAUGGCGCAUGUGUCUAUAUCGAUCGGUGCUUGAGCAAAUUGCCUAAAUGUUUUCUUUCAAAUCCUAUGAUUUGAUUAAUCAAAGUGACAAAUAAAAAG